CUUGUUAGAGGAGUGGAUUUCCAGUAUUAAAGAAGUUCAAUUAUCUAAAAUAGUAACAGUAAUCCUCGUCCAUCUUUUUCUUCGUAUAUAUUUUUAAUUUUUAAUAUGGAAGGCUUACCUCUCAUACCCGGCUAUAGUUUUCGUGAUCCAAGUGUAAGUUUCUCCAAAUUUUCUUUUGCUAAAUAUGAGAAGGCGCGAUCGUUAUUUUCUGAUACCGCAAUAAUGAUGUAUUUAAUAUUCCUAAAGAUUCAAGAUUACAGAUUCAAGCGCAAAUUUGGCUUUUUAAAUGGUUUCCGAACGUUAAAUGACAGUAAAUUCGGUAUUGGGGGAAGGCCUAUCGAUGUUGCAUCUCUUGCCUAUAUGGAGGAGAAAGAUCCCAUACAAUACGAUCCAUCGUUAACGUAUGGUCGCGUACGUGAUUACGGAUAUCAACAGUUUGUACCGCAUUACGCAUUGUACGCGCAAAAAUGUCUUCGUUUUAAGGCUUUUUUUCGUCAAGGAAUUUUUAAUUCUCCGAACGAACAUUUUCGUAUACGUCAUGUAUACAUUAUGUAUUUCUUAGAGGACGAUACAUUAUGCGUAACAGAGCCUUUUAUAGAAAAUGCUGGAUUUUUGCAAGGUAAACUUGUGAGGCGUGAUAAAAUUGCAAAAAAUAUCAAUGGCGAUUAUUUCCAUUGGAAAGAUCUUAAUGUUGGUAAAGAUAUAUGCAUCUAUGGAAUAGUUUAUCAUAUUAUUGAUUGUGAUCUAUUUACGAGAGAAUUUUUGAGUAGUCAGGGUAUUGAUGUGGGAGAUAAAGAAGACACGCCCAUAGAUCCGUACAUAGGAGAUCGUAAAAUGAAAAUUAAAGUUACGGAAUGCGUUACUCGAAUGCCCGAUGAUGCCAGGCGACGAUUUUUAGAAUAUGAUAGAAUGAUUUUAUCAUUUGACGCCAAAUGGAAUGACGAUUAUUAUCAAAUAAUGUAUUUCUUAAUGGACGAUACCAUAGCUAUACGCGAGGUUCAUAAACCAAAUAAUGGCAAGGAUCCUGUAACAAUGCUUUUAAAGAGAAUGAAAGUACCAAAAAAUUGGAAAUAUUUUCCAUCGUCUUAUCCAGGAAUAUAUAUGGAAUACGGAGAUCCCGAGAUAAUAGAGUAUUAUACACCAAAGGAUUUUAAGAUAGGUGAAACGGUAUAUAUAUUUGGAAGACAAUUUCUUUUAUACGAUUGUGACCUUUUUACGAGAAAAUAUUAUUCCGAAGUACUAAAGAUAAUUCAGCCUAGUAGUAUUCCUAUUGAUCCUCCUAUUGAUCAGAUAAAGCCAUUGUCUGAACAUAAAAUACCUCCGCAUAUUAUGUUAGGAACCCCCGAAGACACGUACGCUAGCUGUUUAUCCUAUAGAGUUAAACCACCUAAAAAGGAUGUUAUAAGACAAUUAUCUAAUUUCCCUCGAAAAUUACGUUAUUCUAUGAAGAUGGAUAAUGUACAUCCUGAAGAUCAAGAUCGUGAUUUCGUCUUAGAAUACAAUUUAAGCGAAGGUACCGUGCUAAUACAAGAGCUCGAGAAACGUAAUUCUGGUCGUCGCGAAGGAUGCUUCUUGAAAGCAACGCUUGUUAAGAAACCUGGCACUGAUAGGGAUAAUCCAUUAUAUUACACGCCGCAAGACUUUUUUAUUGGAGCUCGAAUUAAUGUUUUUAAUCAUUACUUUACUAUAAAUGGCGCUGAUCUAUUUGUAUAUCGUUAUAUGGAGGCAAAUCCCGAAAAGUUUUGUCAGCAGAUACGAGACAAUAUGCGCAAUUAUUUUGCACAACAAGAACUACUUCAAAAUGAUAUAAUGAUAGAAGCAAAGAAAAUACAACGAAGACAACAUGAUGCAGACAUCUUUGUUGAAAAAGAAAUAGAGAAUGAAGGUCCUUUAAAUUCUCAAAUUUGUCAGGACGUUGAAGGAAAAACAAAAGAAAUUUUGUAAAACAUAAAAUGAGAUCUUCCGUCAUUGCCUUAAUUUAGUCAUAACAAAUUCAUUAAAUAUUUCUAUUUUUUUUUUUUUAUCUAUCACAGAGGAUACAGAGAAAUUUGUAUUUGCCAAUGCUAAGACAGAAUCAACUAUUUAGAAUUAAGCAACAAAUGUAAUUAACAUCCAUGCACUCUAUUUAAAUAUUAUUAUCAAAAUUAUUUAACUUACUACAAUUCCAUGAUCCUUAGAAUAUAUUAAUAACUUUCUCUGAAAAUGUAUAAAGUAGAAAAAAAAACUAAAAAGGAAUAUUUCUUUGACAUUAACAAGUGGAUCCAACUCAAGAUCGUAAUAUUACUGAUACUGUGUGUAUUUAUAUAUUGCAGAAGGUAAAUAAUAAUUAUUGAUUAUUGCAAAUGUGUUAUCACUUUUGCAUAAACUAUGAAUUAUAAAAGUCAUUUUAGUCUAUACAAAUGUUAUUGUUUGGUAAAGAGAAAUAGCUUACAAUGAUGUAAUAUAAGUUGUUUAGGUGUAAAUAAACUGAAGCAGAAAUCUAGUGAUACUAUUUUAGACAACCGUCGGAUAUUACCGAGAAUUUAAUUAACCAAUAACCACAAGUAAAGCUAUAACGAAAGAUAGGAAGAAAUCUUUCCUUUUUAAAUAUAUUUUUUUACAUUGUAAAUUUGUGUAUGUGUGUUUGUGUGUGUAUGGUGUUAUAUA